AUGAAUCAACAGCUCUUGCUACCAGCAGCCUCCUCCUCCAACACAAGCUCGACCAUAACCUACCCUCAAGUACAACAACCUGUCGCUGUUCCAUCAACACCUGGCGCGAGCGGAUCGUUGGCAUUUCCAAAUAGUGUUAUGAGUGUUGAAGAAAAUGUGAACAAUGUUGACCAGACUGGUCAAGCACCUAUCCAGAGCGUAACUGGGAUAGUGCCUAUCUUGCA